UUCCCACUUGACCAACAUCCCACUUCGGUCUUGGCAUUCGCGUGGUGGGGUUUGGAAGGCACGGCCCCCUGGCGUUUUUCGGAAAAAGGUAGCGCCGAUUGGCCUCGAUGUCGAUUUUCUUUUCACGAACUUUGACACGGAGCCCGCGCAUCACCUCGCGACCAGUGCGACAACCUACCCAACUCAAUCAACAACCAGAACAAUGUCUUUCCGCGGAGGAUCACGAGGUGGCCCACGAGGUGGCAGUCGCGGCGGAUUUUCAUCCAGAGGAGGUCGCGGAGGUGCACCUCAAUCUUUCGGACCUCCUGCCCAGGUUCUUGAAAUGGGAAAAUUCGUUCACGACGUCGAGGGCGAGAUGUUCUGCGAGUCGAUAAACACCAAGAUCCCCUACUUCAACGCACCUAUAUAUCUGGAGAACAAGACCCCCAUCGGCAAGGUCGAUGAGAUCCUCGGACCGCUCAACCAGGUUUAUUUCACGAUAAAACCUCAAGAAGGCAUACAAGCGAAGUCAUUCAAAUCGGGUGACAAGGUCUACAUUGGCGGUGACAAGCUUCUUCCGCUUGAUAAAUUCCUGCCAAAACCUGCGCCUCCCCCAGGCGCGCCCAAGCCCAAGAGAGCCGGUGGAGCUGGCCGCGGACGUGGAGGUGACCGAGGCCGCGGCGGCUUUUCCCGGGGUGGUGGACGUGGAGGACCCCGUGGUGGUGGUGGAUUCUCACGGGGCGGUGGACGUGGAGGCCCAAGAGGCGGUGGGUUUGGAGGCCGCGGUGGUGGCGGCGGCUUCUCUGGUAGCGGCGGUUUCUCGAGAGGAGGUGGUCGUGGAGGGGGUUUCGGCGGCCGUGGCCGUGGCGGUUAUUAAAGCUUGGUCGCCAAAGAUGAUUUCUAUGAGAGGUCUUGAGCUUUGGUGUUGUUUCUUACGGUA